CGUCAACGAAACGCACGCGCCGUCCAAAGUACCCUCCUCGUCGUCGUCCUCGUCGCGCUCGCGCUCCCUCAAGACUUUUUGCUCCGGAUCCCCUCCUUUACAAUUAUAUUCAAAAAUGCCCGGUGUUCGUGACAUCAGCGCAGAGGCGUUCAUCACCGCCUACGCUUCCCACUUGAAGCGUUCCGGCAAGCUCGAGGUGCCCACCUGGGUGGACAUCGUCAAGACCGGUGCUUACAAGGAGCUCGCACCAUAUGAUCCCGACUGGUACUACGUUCGCGCAGCUGCCGUCGCACGACACAUCUACCUCCGCAAAGACGUCGGUAUCGGCGCUCUCAUCAAACUCCACGGUGGCCGUAACCGCCGCGGAAACCGCCCCUCACACCACGGCAAUGCCUCCGCCUCUGUUCAACGCAAAGUUUGCCAAUCCCUAGAGAAGAUCGGUGUUCUCGAGCAGACUGCCAACGGUGGCCGGAGAAUCUCGCAGGACGGUCAGAGGGAUUUGGACCGUAUCGCCACGGCUGUUGUUGAGGCUGCCAGGGAUGCGGAGGAAGAGGAGGAGGAAGAGGAGGAGGAGGCUGAGGAGGAGGAGUAAACUUUCUCGCUCCAACUGGCUUUGACUCUGAUGUGUUGCUCUGGGAUGGGAUGGGCGGUGGGUGCGCGUCCGGGUGCGACGAUAGGUGGCGUAUGGUCUCUGCAUGCUCUCCGUCUUAUAUUUUCACUUGUAUGACUGCAUGCAACUCAAAACAUGGCAUUUCUUUCCUCGUCGGGCUUCCUGGUGCAGAAU